AUGUACGAUGAUGCGGAUCUGGCCGUACUGCACAACGGAAAAAUAAGUGCACUCUUUCAGACAAACACUGGCGUCAAGCAAGGCUGCCCUCUAUCACCCCUAUUGUUCAACCUGGUGAUUGAUGAGAUCAUGAGAGAAGCGUCCGACCUCGAGAAGAGAGCCAACGCAGUAGGCCUCUCCAUCAACGCAUCAAAAACCAAGGCGAUGCGGUUUAAUAACUCCAACCAAGGUAGCAUCACCAUCAGCGGUAAAACAGUCGAUUUCGUCGACCACUUUACCUACCUUGGCACCAUAAUAUCAUCCAGUGGUGGAGUGGAAAAAGAUGUAGAGAGCAGACUGUGCAAGGCAAGAUCUGCAUUCGGAAGAUUGCACCGCAUUUGGAGAAAUCAGCAAAUAAGUAGAAGAACAAAGCUGCGGAUCUUCAAUGCGUGUGUAAAAUCCAUUCUUCUGUACGGAGCUGAGACGUGGCUAACCUCCCAAAGGAUGAUGACAAAGCUGCAGUCAUUCAUUAACAAGUGCCUCAGGAUCAUAUGUGGGAUAUUCUGGCCCAACAGAAUUUCCAACAGUGACCUGUGGCGCAACACGGGGGAGGCUCCCAUCCAUCACCAAAUCAAGAAGAAAAAAUGGAGAUGGAUAGGUCACGCACUCAGGAAGAAAACAGACAGCAUAGUCAGGAAGGCACUGGAUUGGAACCCACAGGGAAGCAGAAGAGUGGGCCGCCCCAAGCUUACCUGGCGCCGUACUAUAAUACAAGAAUUAUCCCGCAGCAACAUCACGUGGGAUUACGCUAAGCAAACUGCACCAAACAGAGUCAGGUUCAAAGUCCUUGUAAAUGCCCUAAGCUCCCAAGCGGAGUAA